AUGCAACUCUUCACUUUCUGCGUUAUUGCUCUGGCCUUUGUGCCCGCAACCUUUGCUCAGGGUACAGGCUGCAACGUGGAGAUCUUGAACCAGAACCAGGUUUCGGUUGGCAGUGGCUGCGCCCGCAUAAACUCGGUCACCAACAUAAGCGACAAUCAGGGUCGCCGCUGGGGCGUCAAUGCCAACUCCAGUUGUGGUCUCUCAACCACACAAACCCUACCUAGCGGCUGGAGCCUCACUCAUAAUGGCUUCUGCAACGCUUAA